AUGAACCCUCUCGCUCGAGUUGGGCGCAUCCGCCCAUCCCUCCACUCAAUCGGUAUCACCAAACAACUUGAACAACGAGCAUGGAUUUCUCGCUCGGCAGCGAUGCCGGUGACUGCCAUUGAACGACAAUUGGAGUCAUCGUCAUCUUUGACAGCUUCGGGAAAGGUCCGCCGCGAGGUUCCUUUGCCCAGUCAGGAGAAGAAGGAAGGCGCAAUGCAAUAUGCACUGACUACACUUGAUCAGAUCGCCAACUGGGCUCGCCAGAGCUCAUUGUGGCCCAUGACUUUCGGUUUGGCAUGCUGCGCUGUUGAGAUGAUGCACUUGUCUACCCCCCGUUACGAUCAAGAUCGCCUCGGAAUUAUCUUUCGAGCUUCCCCCCGACAGUCCGAUGUCAUGAUUGUUGCCGGUACCUUGACAAAUAAGAUGGCCCCCGCUCUUCGACAGGUUUACGAUCAGAUGCCCGAUCCUCGUUGGGUUAUCAGUAUGGGAAGUUGCGCCAACGGUGGUGGAUACUAUCAUUACAGCUAUUCUGUCGUUCGUGGCUGUGACAGAAUCGUGCCCGUGGAUAUCUAUGUGCCUGGCUGCCCCCCAACCUCCGAAGCUCUUAUGUACGGCAUCUUCCAGCUUCAGAAGAAGAUGCGUCACACCAAAAUCACACGCAUGUGGUACCGACGAUAG